GAUAUACAUCUAUGUUUGUCAGUGCAUGGAGAAUUGGCGGUUUGUUUGGGUUGUAGUAAAAUGUUAUGUUUGAUUUUGAAUUACUAAACUUAUUAUUUUUUCCAAUAUGAAUGUUGUCAAAGCAUUAAGAGUGUUAAAUUUAGACCUUUUGGACGAUGUGUGGGUUAAUGAAGCUCUAGAUUUCCAUGCCACAGAACUCCCAGACUCUUACUUCGAAUUCCUACAAGAAGUUGAUAUUAACUUGGUAAUAAGAGAAGCGUCAGUUGCUCUCAAUGAAUGGCUCUGUCAAACCCCUAGCGAAGAUGGAAUUCUAACUAAUUGGAGUAUACUAUUACAACAUAACCUCAAACGCAAAGCAUUGGUUGCGUUGAUAGGUUUCAUGCUUACUACAGCACAAAGCUCAAACCAUGAUCCAGCAUCAAGAUUAUCUUCUUUACUUUGGUCAGAAUUUUACUUUCUUCUUUUGGCAGUGCCUGGCAGUAGUGCCUGCAAAGUUUUUGAUGCCAUUGUGUACUCAAAAUCUUUGGCAACUUUUGAACUCGUUAAACUUGCGCUUGGGAAUAACAAGAAGAGUGCCAAAUCUAAGAAAAAUCGCAACCAUCAGGAAAGAGAUAAUGAAGAUAUUGAAUGUGAGGCAAGUGAAAAUGUUUUAACUUGUGAUGAAAAGAAUAAAACAAUUCAAGGAGUGAACUCUUUGUUCAAAUCAUUUUCAUUUAUGUUAAAAAGUUUUUCUCUUAGGGUAAAUGAAAUGUCACUUGUUAACACAGUAGAAACACUUUGUAAUUUAACAAGAGUAGAGGGUGAAACUUCAAGAUACCCAAGAGAUUAUGAGUCUCAAACUUGCCUUCAAAUGGUUUCAUGCAACUCAUUUUUAUGUCUGCAAUGCAUUUGUUCUCAAGUGCAUGGUCUAGUGCAGGAAAAUUUCAAGUUGAUCACAAAACAUAUCUUGCCUAGUAUACUUUUGAAAGGAGCAUAUGGUUUUGAAGCAAAUUUCACAGAACUUAAAAACAUUUGCAGCAAAGCUGUACAUUUCCUUCAAUUUAUGAUCGAAGCACUUGGGGAACCAGCUUAUGAAGGCAUAUUUCUACUGGUCAAGCAUACAUGUCUGAAAACAGUCGAGAAAGCAGAUUACAGGCACCAAGGUUCUGACACGGUUGUGCUGCUGCUUAGGUCUUUACCAGCCAAACCCCACAAGGAACUUGUCAAAUGGUUGUUUGUGUACUCACAUCAAGAUAAAGCGAGCUACCGUCUUUUUGGACUGGAAAUAAUUAGCAAACUUCUGUUCGACAAGGAGCGUUCGGACGAGCCUCCGACCAGGUCCAAUGCAGCUUGCAGCAUGCCUGAACAACAGGCUGUGGAUAACUGUAACAGUGAAUGUGGUGAGAAUUCAGCACUUGACAUCCUCUCAAGCCAAGAGCGGCACAGUAUGUUGGACAAGUACUUUCUGGCCAUCAUCUUUGGUCGUUGCAAUGAUGCUUCUAGCGCAGUCAGGGCAAAAGCUCUGGCAGUUAUUGCUGAUUGCAUGACCUUGGAAUAUCCAGACGCCCGGGACAUUAUGUCUGCAAUUUUCGUCACCCCGUAUGAAAAUGUUGUUUCAGCAUAUGAGUCAGACAUUCAGGAAAAUGGCUUCAUGGAUCAUGCUUAUUUGAUUCAGUGCUUUGAUGGCGUUAUGAACAUUGACCCAUUGCCAGGUGGUAAAGCAGUCAUUUCUCUGAUAAAGAAAAUUGUUGGAAAUACAAAAGUGCAAGUAACAAAGUCAGCUUUGAAAGUACUGGAAAACAUUGUGUUGAUGAGCGAGAAGUGGAUGAGCGACAAUAUUUUGGAGGUCAUGUGCCAGUUCUGCCGCAGCAGUUCAGUCGUCAUCCGCAAGAACAUGAUAGACUGCUUCACGAAACUGCUGCUCAGGUAUCCUCGGAACAGCCUCCUGGCCAAGCUGUGGGUGAAGAAGGUGUUGAUGCAAGUGGACGACCAGGAGUCCACAGUCAAGGAGAAAGCCGUCCAGGCAGCUUGUUCUGCUUUGAUCACCAACAUCGUUUCUGCCGACGUUUCGGAAAACCCUCUGAGCAUGUUACCCUGGUCUCUGCUCAGUCACAUAGUGGAUCUGAACAUGAAGAGUAAAUUGAUUUCGGUGUGUUCCUUGUGGUUACGAGAGAACAGAGCACAAACUCGGCCAUACAACCUGUUGCAUGUGCUUCAAACACAUUUACAUACCGAACACAGGGCCGCAGCAUGGACAAUGAUUCGCUGCUUGAGUUCGGAAUUCUCAUCAAGCUCUCUUAAAAUUCCGAAUCCAACUUUCCUUUAUGAAUGCUACAUGACUGAAAUUGAUGAUCUGCAUCGACCGGACUCGGAGCUAGUGUUCGUGACGAUCCUCGAGAUAAUGCAUGCAUGGUGGAAGGUUCUGCCGGAAGAGCUGUGGACGGCGUUGUUGGAUGACAUGGUGGCCAGGCUCGAGGUGUUCUCCAUACCAAACGGGCUCAUAUCGCCCAUGAUGGAAACAACGCAAACCAUGAUGGAGAACAGCAGUGAGGACGGAAGAGAGAGAUCUCGGGCUUUUGCCGUCAGACUGAUCGAUAUGUGUGAUAAAUACUUGAAGACAAUCAUGGUGGAUUUUGUGUUUUGGAAGAACGCCAAUAGUUUGGAAACCUGCUUGAGGCAUAUGAUUACAUUGGGGUCCGCCAUUCUUGUGUGUCCAGAUGCUGUGAAGAAGGAGACCUACAGAAUGCUUUUGCAACUAACAUUUCCACACACAUGUAAACUACCAGGUGCAGUUGAAUUACUGCAAGCACAGCGUCAGCUUGCAAAAGUACAGAUAAGUGGAAUGAUUGCUUUGGCCAAGUACGGCCUUGUUAAUGACACCAGUGUGAAACAGAUAGCGAGAUUGCUUGCAGACUUGCUGUCAUCGAGUAAGAAUGCUGACGUCAAGCAUAACACAAUUCUCAUACUGACAGAUCUCUGUGGAAGGUACACAUCUGUAGUGGAGCCGUUAUUGCCCAGCCUGUACCUUUGCCUGAAAGACGGUGACCGCCGGAUACGGCGGACGAUGCUCAUUUCUUUCAUCGAGUUGCUGAACACCGAGUACCUGAAGCCGAAGGGAGCGCUCUUCCUGUACCUGCUAACCAUGCUGUGUGAUUGCGAUGAGGAAGUUAAAAUGUACAUCAAGAGCUACAUCACAAAGUGCUUGAUCCUGAAGAAUAAAACUGUCAUGUCCUCUAAUUUUCCAGAAAGCUUGUUCUUCUACAAUGAUUAUAAGACUCACUCGACAUAUGGAAAAUUCCACACGUCUGUGGAAAACAAGUAUUUCAAAAUGAGUGGGCCGCAAAACAAGCAGAAGCGCCAGCUCGUGUAUCGCUUCAUGCUCAAGCACAUGACGGAUGACCAGCGCUUCACGACCGCUCAGAAGUUGUGCAGUGACAUCUUAGAUGCUGUGGGAGAGUCCAUCACGCUGGACGGGCCGGGACUGUUUGUCGUCCAAGACACGCUCUUUGCUCUGCUGAGCGACGAGAUCCGCCUCAACAGGCAGCGCUGUCAGCUGGAAGACGACGAUCCGGCCGAUGAAAUGGAAGCAGCGGCUGCCACAGAGAUAGCUGCACUCAAGAACACUAUUUCAGAGGUUCACAAGAGAAAUGCCAUUGAAACCAUUCUUCCAGUACUGAAACAUUUGAAAGAAAAGUUAGAAAAUAGUCUUUCCCCACUUGUGGAAGAUGUCAACUUGUGUUUAAGGAACAUGAUGCUGGACUACAGAAAAGAGGUUGAAGAAUAUUUCACGGCCAAUAACGACUUCAUAACGCUCGGCCAGAUCACUGAGCUGGUGAACCAGUUCAAGAAGCCGCAGCGCAAGAGGGCUGAGAACCUCAACCAGGAGGAGGCGGAGGAGGUGGCCGAGGCGGCUUGCCCGAGAACCGGCGCGUCGAGGAGGUCUCUGCGCAGCCGGGGAAGUUCCGCUCGCUCGCCGUCGGUGCAGAGAGAGCCGCGGGUCGGCGGUGAAGAGGGCGUGGCCCGACCGGAGGAUCUCUGACUCGAGCCAGACGAGACCUCGCCGCGGAGAGGCGGCGGUCGGAGGCGGCGCGUGGUUCUUCCUGCAAAACAGGAGAAGGUGAAGGUGCAGAGCGUACGAUGGAAGUUGAACCGUCGUGAAGUCUCAUGGAAGCACUCUUGCACGUAAUGUAUUCACGGAUCGACAGGGUGGUGUUAAAAUUGAUCUCAGAUUAGUGGGAGGAUGUAUUGUUGUUAAUUGUCAAAUUCUAUGGCUAGAAAAAUAAGUGUUGUGGUAAAGAUAUGAUUGGUAUGCACAGGGUUAUUGAACUUUUAAAAAAAAACUAGGCAACUUCUCGUUUAGUUAAAGGCUUGUGGAAAGACUCAGACUAUUCAGCCUAUGAGUACUUGUGCUGCUGUCCAUUUCAUUUUAUAUUUCCUGGUGUUUACAGGUCAUGGAAAAGUAAUGAAACUGAAGGACUGGUCAUAAAAAGCCGAGGAAAAGUCCCGUAAUAAACAGGAAUGGUGGCGGAAGUCACAAAAACUAUAAUUUCCAGCAGUAUUUUGCCAAAUUGCAUUUUGUAUUUUUAUGCAUUAUUUUAGUUUGUAGUCACACAUUAAUAAUACCGUGUUUUCUCGCAUAAACAUCGCACAUUUUAUUCUAAAAUCAAGUUUGAAAUGUAGGGUUGCGACGAUUAUGCGGGAAAAAAAAUUUUGUUAGGUAAAGUUAGUCAUAAAAACAAAACCCGUUCAUGGAAAGUACGAUUAUUUUAAAAAAGGUGGAGUAUACAAGAGCACGCCAAACAUUCUAUAUUAAUAAUUUGGUAUCUACUAGUGGGACCAAAAACAUCAUGGGAGUUUACGCAAGAAAUUUUUUUAUCCCAAUUUUGAAGGCCUAAAAUAUGGGUGCGACGAUUAUGCGAUAAAAGUGGGUACAUAUUUGGAGACAGUCCACUUAAAUCAUGUGGCAUUUACCUCUAAAAAUUGAAGGAAUAGGACGUUAGCCUUUAACAUAAAAAUUAGUAUGUUUCUGCAACUAGUAGGUCUAUUUUGUAUUGUUUUUUUUUAAUAUCUGUACCCCAUAGGCAAAGGACAUUAUGUAAAAAUGGGAGGGCAAGAUUUCUGUUGGUUUUAUUUUUAUUUUUCUUCAGUAGUAUAGAAAUUACUGUAUGAAAAAAUGGACAUGAUAUCUUUUACCACAGGGGUACAUAUGUAAAAAUAACCUGUAAUAUAAAAUGUAAUACAAAAUUUUAGUCAAAUGUUCUGAAAAUGUCCUGAAAUUGGUUCAGUGAGUAUUUGUAAACGUACUAUAUUAUACACCUUUUGUAUUUUGGAUAGGCUGUAUUGAAAAGUCUUUAAAUAUAUUUUUUUAAUGUUUUUUUUUGUAAUAUUUUCAUAAUUAUUUUCUGUAUUUUAAUGUUUAUGCACUCUUUCAAAAAUCCAUUACAAGAAAUUUAGGUAUGUAUAAAUAUAUGUAUAUAUAAUGUUUUGGAUUGAAUGUGUAAAUAUAGGUUUUUCUACAUUGACAGAUAAAGAAAUAAUAAUUUAUAUUUCUAUGUAAAUAUUUAUAUAAUAAGAGGUGAAAAAUAAUAAAUAUGAAAGUGUUUGAAAGCCUGAUAAUUAGCAUAAUUUUAUUUCUUUUUUCCUCCGUUGUUUGGAGCUCGGUUGAUGACAAUAUGAUGCAUUUUUCCAAUACUUGAAGUGGCAGGAUAGGAAGUAUCUGUUAAUAAU